AUUCAGUAACUGCAACCUCUCUGCGAAGCAGUCACAACCCGCGUUGAAUAUGGUGGACGACACCGUCAUUGAAUCCGAAGGACCACCAACAAACUCGAUGGUCGAUGAGGAAGUUGUCGGUGUUUGCAAGGAGAAACCCAUCGUUGUGGAUGCCGACGCUAUUCAUGAGGUUGAGGAUGCACCUCCCUCUGCGGUUGUCGCAGCCCUACGUGUAGAUGAUACAGAUGAAGCUAGACCUGCGUCUUCUUCUCCGCUUUUCGAAGUAGCGGGGGAACAUGUCGAAACCACUCCUGAUGUGUCUCACGUUUCUCAGCCAGAAGUUCAAAACAUAGACACAUUCGUGGAAGUUCCUCUCUCUUCGAAACAAGCACCGCCAACACCGCCAGAAAAGAGUCCCCGGUUGCAGCUGCCCAGAGGCUCCACAGACGUUAAUCCCACGACGCCAAGCACGCCUGAAAAAACAAAUGGCCGCGACGAGCCCCGACCUCAAACGCCAUCUAGUGCCUACAGUUCAUCAUCCGCUGCGUCUCACAAACGUUCCAUCACGAUUUCCAAAGGUUACACCGUUUCUGUGGUUCUCAUUUCUUCCGCCUUAGAGAUUAUUCUGGCUUCGAAGGAGGCCAAACGAUCCACUGCUCUUCGCGAGAGCGCACACAAUGCCUUGGAGAUGAUACGUGUCGGUCAAGGUGGUGAUCGUCCACGUGAAAUUUUUGAGCCUCUACGGCUGGCAUGCGAGACACGCAGUGAGAAGCUCAUGAUAGCGAGUCUGGACUGUAUAUCCAAGCUCAUCUCUUACUCGUUCUUUGCGGAGCCAUCAUCUGCGCAGACGCUUCCUUCCCCGCCUCCGUCACCGGCACUGCAAGGAAGACACUCGAUAGCUGGUGCUUCCCAGUCUAGCCUUCCACAGCCUUCCCUGGUUGACCUUGUCGUCCAUACCGUCACAACAUGCCAUAAUGAUACCUCCCCUGAAACGGUCUCUCUUCAGGUUGUCAAAGCGCUUCUCUCCAUAGUACUUUCGCCUACUAUCUACGUACACCAUUCGUCACUAUUAAAGGCAGUCCGCACGGUUUAUAACGUAUUUCUUCUCAGCACGGAUCUAGUCAAUCAAAUGGUCGCUCAAGGAGGACUGACUCAAAUGGUGCAUCACAUAUUUGCGCGGUGCAGAAGUCUCGACGGAAUAACCCUACGCUCACAUGUCUCCUCCGACACGUUGACAUCAAUUUCGGCAUCAGGAUCGCCCAGGACUGACAUCCAAAAUAAUGUAGUGGAGAAUUUGACAGCAGAGGCGUCGCCAUUAGGAUCUGCCGUUGACAUGACCUUACAUCCUGGCGUUUCUAUCCCCCUUUCAUCUGUUCAUGAUCCUGACGUUCCGCAAGAAACAAUCAGUCACGCGCUCCCAGCAACACAUGAAGCCGCAGAAAAUGAACACACUGCAAGGGAGUUGAGCACGCAUGAUAUGUUCAUAAAGGACGCGUUCUUGGUUUUCCGAGCCUUGUGCAAAUUGACAAUGAAGCCCUUGAACACAGAGAGCGAGCGUGAUCUCAAAUCUCAUGCAAUGAGGUCUAAACUCUUGUCCCUGCACCUCGUGCUCACCAUCCUUAACUCACAUAUGGCACUAUUCAUUGAUUCGAAAGCCAUAAUCUACUCUUCUUCCACGAACGAGGCAACUACUUUUGUUCAGGCUGUCAAUCAAUACCUUUGCCUCAGCUUGAGCCGCAACGCAGUUAGCCCCGUGCCCCAAGUGUUCGAAGUCAGCGUGGAGAUCUUCUGGCGAGUGUUAUCAGGAAUGCGAACGAAGCUCAAGAAAGAGAUCGAAGUCCUACUGCACGAGAUAUUCGUUCCUAUUCUGGAAAUGAAGAGUUCAACUCUCAAGCAGAAGGCUGUAAUCAUUGGAAUGCUCUCCAGGCUUUGCCAGGACCCGCAGGCUUUGGUAGAGAUAUAUCUCAACUAUGACUGCGACAGCGGAGCUAUAGAUAAUAUAUACGAGCACCUCAUGAACAUUAUAUCCAAGAUUGCUACAUUACCGUAUACUUCCUCGCAACAAAAGACGAACGACCCUGCAAGCCCGGCGCUCCCACCACAGACCAAAAGCUCAGCGUCGAUGGCGCACGUGUCAGGCGCACUAGCUGUAUCCGGCACCAUGGACACGUCCACUAUGGGCCUUUCCGAGGGGCAACUUAGAAGGCAGGGUCUCGAAUGCUUGGUGGCUGUUCUUAGAUCUCUUGUGACUUGGGGAACAGCCGCUGGGAAAACCCCUGCGGAAUCCGCAACUGCGGAUACUGCCUCAAGAAGUCAGAUCGGGGAAGAGGUUGCAGCUGACGCUAUGACACCUGAUCCUUCAUUAGAUGGGUUGAUUGCUUCCGCUGGAAGCACAGAAGCCUUUCGGCAAUCAACUCCGGACAUUGCAGAUGAUCCCUCCAGGUUUGAGAGUGCCAAGCAAAAAAAGACCACUCUGCUCGAGGGUAUCAAGAAGUUCAACUUCAAGCCCAAACGCGGCAUUCAAUUCUUGAUCGAGACGGAACUCAUUCCAAGCUCGUCGCCUCGUGAUAUUGCAGGGUUUUUAUUAACCACUGAUGGCCUCAGCAAAAGUAUGAUUGGCGAGUACCUUGGUGAAGGAGAUGAAUACAACGUUGCUAUCAUGCAUGCUUUUGUCGACUUUCUGGAUUUCAGGAAUUUAGGCUUCGUAGACGCUGUUCGUGUGUUUUUGCAGGCAUUCCGCCUUCCUGGAGAAGCUCAGAAGAUCGAUCGUUUCAUGCUCAAGUUCGCGGAACGCUACAUCGCCGGCAACGCUCAGACACCCUUCAAGAAUGCAGAUGCCGCCUAUAUUCUAGCGUAUUCUAUCAUCUUGCUCAAUACCGAUGCUCACAGUCCUCAAAUUAAAAAUCGCAUGACUAAAGCUGACUUUAUCAAGAACAACCGUGGUAUCAACGACGGAGAGAGUCUUCCGGAGGAAUUUUUGAGCGCCAUUUUUCACGACAUCCAGGGUAACGAGAUUAGGAUGAAAGACGAAGUUGACGCCACAAUCAACUUGCCCUCCACGGGUCCUGGUCUUGCCAAUGUGUUAGCGAACGUGGGGAGGGACCUUCAAAAGGAAGCAUAUGUAAUGCAGUCCAAUGGCAUGGCUAACAAGACUGAAGCACUCUUCAGAACGCUUAUGCGCUCUCAACGAAGAGGAUCUCGUGCUGGAGACCAAUACUUCAGCGCGUCACACUUCAUUCAUGUUCGGCCGAUGUUUGAGGUGGCAUGGAUACCCUUCUUAGCUGGAUUGUCCGGCCCGCUUCAAAAUACGGAUGACCUUGAGAUAGUCGAUCUCUGCUUAGAUGGAUUCAAGAAUGCCAUCCACAUAGUUUGCUUCUUCGAUUUGGACCUCGAACGCAAUGCGUUUGUUAGUACCCUUGCGAAGUUCACGUUCCUCAACAACUUUGGAGAAAUGAAAACCAAGAAUAUGGAUGCUAUCAAGACGUUGCUAGAUAUCGCGGUCAACGAAGGCAACAAUUUGAAAGGGUCGUGGCGCGACGUGCUGUCGUGUGUGUCACAGCUGGAACAUAUGCAACUUAUCAGCGGCGGUGUGGAAGUCCCGGACAGCGGAAAGAAAGGUCGAUCUAAGAAGCUUCCAGCAGAAGAACUUGCCAACGAAAGCAGGUCGACUCACAUCACCGUGGCAGCAGAUAUGGUCUUUUCACUCAGCCACUACCUGUCUGGCACUGCUAUUGUGGAUUUCGCGAGGGCUCUUUGUGAUGUUUCAUGGGAGGAGAUUCAAUCGUCUGGAAUAUCACAACAUCCUCGUUUGUUCAGUCUGCAAAAGCUUGUAGAGAUAUCAUACUACAACAUGAACCGUAUCCGUCUCGAGUGGUCCAAUCUCUGGGAUAUCUUAGGAGAACAUUUCAACCAGGUUUGCUGUCACAGCAAUCCCCACGUUGGUUCUUUUGCCCUGGAUUCUCUCCGUCAGUUAUCAAUGCGAUUUUUGGAAAAGGAAGAGCUGCCCCAUUUCAAGUUCCAAAAGGACUUCCUCAAGCCCUUCGAAUACACGAUGGUUCACAAUGCCAAUCCUGAUAUUCGCGAUAUGGUUUUGCAAUGUCUCCAACAAAUGAUACAAGCCAGAGUACAAAAUAUGCGUUCAGGAUGGCGUACACUCUUUGGUGUCUUCUCUGCUGCUUCAAAAGUGCUAACUGAACGUAUUGCGAAUUCCGCAUUCGAAAUCGUGACGAGAUUGAACAAGGAACAUUUUACUGCCAUUGUCCGUCAUGGUGCUUUCGCAGAUCUGACUGUUUGCAUCACCGAGUUUUGCAAGGUCAGCAAGUAUCAGAAGAUAAGUUUAUUAGCGAUUGGCAUGUUGCGUGGUGUUAUUCCGGUCAUGCUCACCUGCCCUGAGUGUGCUCUGAGUCCGGGGGUUGGACCUCAAGGCGACGACAUCAUGAUUAGGUUCUGGUUCCCUGUAUUAUUCGGGUUCUAUGACAUCAUAAUGAACGGAGAGGACCUUGAAGUACGACGUCUCGCACUGGAUUCUCUGUUUUCGACGCUGAAAACUUAUGGAUCAUCUUUCACUGUGGAAUUUUGGGACACAGUUUGCAAAGAAAUACUUUUCCCGAUUUUCGCCGUUUUGAAGUCGAGUCAAGACAUGUCUAGAUUCAAUACUCAGGAGGAUAUGAGCGUGUGGUUGUCAACUACGAUGAUUCAGGCAUUACGUGACCUCAUCGACCUCUACACGUUUUUCUAUGAUACCCUGGAGCGCUUCCUCGACGGAUUACUGGAGCUUCUGUGUGUUUGUAUCUGCCAAGAAAACGACACCUUAGCUCGUAUUGGGACAUCGUGUCUGCAACAAUUUCUGGAAAAUAAUGUGCAGAAGCUCAGCGCCGCUCAGUGGGAACGAGUGGCAGCUACUUUUGUAAAGCUUUAUAGAACAACUACCCCCCACCAACUUUUCGACGACAGUCUACGUGAGGAGAUGGAUGGAGGUACUGUAUCAGAUCUUCCAGAUACCAACGAUUCUAAUGACCAAGCAAUCAUCCCAGCCCCAUUGUCUCCUACCGGUGACCAGCCUCAGCCUCAACAAGUCAAGCACACACUUGGUGACCGACGUCGCAUUUUCAAACAGAUAAUUGUCAAAUGUGUUCUUCAGCUACUACUGAUUGAAACUACCAAUGAUUUGCUCCGGAACGAUGCUGUCUACACUACUAUCCCUCCAGAGCAGCUUCUACGUCUUAUGGGGGUCCUGGAUCAUAGCUAUCAGUUCGCUAGAAUGUUUAAUGAUGAUAAAGAGUUGCGUACUGGACUCUGGAAAGUCGGAUUCAUGAAGCACCUGCCUAAUCUCCUUAAACAAGAGUCCAGCAGUGCAGCAACUUUGGUGCACAUCUUACUUAGAAUGUACUUUGAUGAGCGCCCAGAGCACCAGAACGCACGCCCUCAGAUUGCUGAACGCCUUUUGCCUCUUGGUUUGAGCGUGCUACAGGACUACAUUAAGCUGCGCGCUGAUACACAGGCCAAGAACAUAACCGCUUGGACACCUGUCGUUGCAGAGAUAUUAGAUGGGUUCUGUCGUUUUGACAAUAAGGCUUUUGUAAGAUAUCUUCCAGCGAUUUAUCCGUUGACAACCGGGCUGCUUGCUCGUGAUGUUGCACCGGAAAUCAGACUGGGACUGAAGAUGUACUUCGAGAGAGUUGGACGGACCCAAGGCAUAGUGGUAGUAGAGGCAUCGUAGCACAUU